AGAUGCGAGUAACGAAAUGAAUUUGUGAGUACCGAAUCGGUACUUCGAGUCAACCGAUGUACCCGUUACUCAGUAACGAAUACAUGCGGUUUGCUCCAGCUCUAUUGUGCUCUCACGUAGCUCAGGCCAGUUGGUAACGGAACGAGUUAGAUCCUGAAAUCGCAAAUGUGUGACGUCAAAUGUGAAACAAUAAAGCACUUUUAAAUAAGUAACUUUGUCAAACUCUUAAGCGUUGUUUCAACAAAUAUAAAUAUUCGAAAGUUCAUGCAAUCGCAAUGUAGCAUAAUCGCGUAAAUUCAUAAUUAAAUACGUACGUUCUUGAGCAAGUUUGAAGAAUCUCCCAUUGCAUAUCGCAGAGAUAUAUUUGUGUGAAAUGGAACAAAUUCAUUUUUACUGAACUGUUCUUGGAAAUCAGACUUUAGUUAUAUAGCACAUUAGAUAAGUCUCAUGCACAACAUUUAUUGAUAUUUUUAUCAAGAUAGUCACACAUGUUUUUUGCUCAAUACACUGAACAGUGGUAUGAAGUACCCAAGAAUUAUAUUGGAUACAAUUUCAGUUAACCAAACUAUUUUACAUCUGUACAGAGAUUAAACGUUAUCUAAGUUUAUCUUGCGAAGAAAUUUCAUAUCUAGUAGAAUAUAACCAUAUUUGGUGGAAGCAGUAAUUUAGCAGAGCUUAUGGAUACCUAUACUGGAGAGAAACCCUAUAUGUGUGAAGUAUGCAAGAAGUCGUUCAUUAGAAAGCAUACAUUGAACCAGCAUGUGCUUAUUCACACGGGAGAGAAAGCUCACGUAUGUGAAGUAUGUAAGAAGUCAUUUUAUCAAAAGAGGUAUUUGACCAGCCAUAUGCUUGUUCACACAGGAGAAAAAACACAUAUGUGUGAGGUAUGUAAGAAGUUGUUUAGUCAGAGGAUAGGUUUGAGAUUGCAUAUGCGUAUUCACACUAGAGAAAAACCUUAUAAGUGUGAAGUAUGUGAGAUGUUGUUUAAUCAAAACAGUCACUUAAGAGUGCAUAUGCGUAUUCAUACAGGAGAGAAACCUCAUUCAUGUGAAGUAUGUAAUAAGUUCUUUAUGUCAAAGGCACAUUUAAAAGUCCAUAUGCUUAUUCACACAGGAGAGAAACCUUAUGUGUGUGAAGUUUGUGAAAAGUCAUUUAAUCGAAAGCAUGUUUUGAAAGAACAUAUGCUUAUUCACUCUGGAGAAAAGCCUCGUGUAUGUGAACUAUGUAAGAGGUCGUUUAGACACAAGGAGAGUUUAAAAAAUCAUAUGUUAAUGCACACUGGAGAAAAAUGUCAUGUAUGUGAAGUAUGUAAAGUGUCAUUUAAUCGAAAGGAUUAUUUAAAGAGGCAUAUGUUUGUUCACACUGGAGAGAAAACUCAUGUGUGUGAAGCAUGUGAAAAAUCAUUUAGUCUUAAGAGUAGUUUAAACACACAUAUACGUAAUCACAGUGGAGAGCAGCUUCAUAUGUGUGAAGUAUGCAAGAGACUUUUUAGUAAGUCUUAUUUACGCAAGCAUAUGCUUAUUCACACUGGAGAGAAACCUCAUGAGUGCGAAAUAUGUAAUAAGUUCUUUAGAACAAAGCGUUUCUUGAUGGAGCAUUUGCUUAUUCACACAGGAGAGAAACCCUAUGUGUGUGAAGUAUGUCAGAAGUCAUUUAGUAAGGCAGGUAAGUUAAAAGUGCAUAUGCUUAUUCAUACAGGAGAGAAACCCCAUGUGUGUGAAGUAUGUCAGAAGGCGUUUAUUCAGAAAUAUCGGUUAAAGGCCCAUAUGCUUACUCAUACAGGAGAGAAACCUCAUGUGUGUAAAGUAUGUAAGAAAUCAUUCAGUCAGAAAGGUAAUUUAAAGAAGCAUAUGCUCAUUCACACUGGAGAGAAUCCUCAUGUGGCUGAAAAGGGUAGUUGAAAUAAACGUAUGUAUAUUCACACAGCAGACCAAACUUAACGUGCAUAUCUACAUGAGAGUGAAAUAGCAAUUGUUUAUCUAUGUGACAGGUCAUUUGGAGAGAAGAAUUUCAAUAAGCAUGUUUAUAUGCCCUGUAGAAAACCAUGUUUUUUAGGAUAUACAAGAUUGGUAACAUCCAGAGCUUAAAUUGUGCCAGAGCCUGGCUCUGGUACUUCUCAGUUUUCGAGAUAAAUUAUUAUUUCAGCCAGACUGCGUAGGAGCCCUAAGUAAAAGGCCUUCUUUUCUGUAAGUGAACCACAAUUUUAGUAGAUUUUAGUUUUGUUUUAAUAGCAAACAUGCCUUAAAAAUCAAUUCUGAGUUCUAAAUGCAUGCCUGUCUUUCGAUCGUGUUCAAACCUUGAACAGAAAUUAAGACUUAAGGAAAGAAAAGCCCCCCCAAUCAUAUGUCAAAGGCUUAUUCUCCAGGAUGUGCAACGAAUUCAUGGCAGCGGGCAAAUUUUGUGUUCCCCAAAGUACUAAAAGUGAUACCCUGGUCUUGCACGUUCCACACAAGUGACUUCUUAUUGCAGAACUUUCUGAAUGAUAUAACCAAACGGGGGGGGGGACACCUCUGCUGUCACUUGUACAGAGAAGUGUAAUGUUUAUUCUCACAUUAUUACCGAAUUGUAUUCAGAGAAAAUUCCUCCUUCACGGCUGGAAUCAUAUUGACAGGGCAACGUGAUUAGAAGGUCUUGAACUCUACCUCUUUAUUUUUUCAAAGCUACACUUUUCUGUUAAAAUUUUCUUCCAUAUCCUAAUACUGUGUCUAGAAUUCUCAUGUUUCUUCUUAGUGGAGUUUUAAUCGUUUUUCCUGGGUGUGCAACAACAACAACAAAAAAAAGGAGUGGUGCUGGGCAUCCUUUGGAACAUUAUACGUAUAAUGAGGGUUUAAAUUCGGAUAGAGAUCGGCUGAGCUGCUUCUUCUAAGUGGAAUUGUAACUCCAGCCAAUGCCAAAUAAGACAAGGUCGGAAUUGUUUUUUCUUUUUAACUAUUUAAAAUUAACUUAAUAAUUUAUUAGAGUUCUAUUUAUAUUUCUCCUAAUUUAAAUUUAAUUAUUCUAAUAAUUAGCUAUUUUUUCUUUCGUUGGCUAAUC